AUGCCGGAAAUCGAUCCGGAUCUCGACGAGAAGAACCCGCCGGCCCUCGAUGAGGACGAUAUCGCUCUUUUAAAGACAUAUGGUCUUGGCCCGUACUCGACGUCUAUCAAAAAGGUUGAGAAGGAUAUCAAGGACAUGGCCAAGAAGGUCAACGACCUAUGCGGGAUCAAGGAGUCGGAUACUGGAUUGGCUGCUCCAAGCCAGUGGGAUUUGGUGUCGGACAAGCAGAUGAUGCAGGAGGAGCAGCCGCUGCAGGUGGCGCGCUGCACCAAGAUCAUCAACCCCAACACGGACGACGCCAAAUACGUCAUCAACGUGAAGCAGAUCGCCAAGUUCGUGGUGGGGCUGGGGGACCGUGUAUCACCGACCGACAUUGAGGAGGGCAUGCGAGUGGGAGUGGAUCGCAACAAGUAUCAAAUCCAGAUCCCCCUGCCGCCCAAGAUCGACCCGAGUGUGACGAUGAUGACGGUGGAGGAGAAGCCGGAUGUGACCUACGGGGACGUGGGCGGGUGCAAGGAGCAGAUUGAGAAGAUGCGAGAGGUGGUGGAGCUGCCUAUGCUUCACCCGGAGAAGUUUGUGAAGCUGGGAAUCGACCCCCCCAAGGGCGUGCUGUGCUACGGUCCGCCCGGCACCGGCAAGACGCUGCUGGCCCGUGCUGUGGCCAACCGCACGGAUGCCUGCUUCAUCCGCGUUAUAGGCAGCGAGCUGGUGCAGAAAUACGUGGGCGAGGGGGCCAGGAUGGUUCGAGAGCUGUUCCAGAUGGCACGCUCCAAGAAGGCAUGCAUCAUCUUCUUUGAUGAAGUGGACGCCAUCGGAGGGGCGCGGUUUGACGACGGGGCGGGCGGCGACAACGAGGUGCAGCGCACGAUGCUGGAGAUUGUGAAUCAGCUGGAUGGGUUCGAUGCUCGCGGGAACAUCAAAGUGCUCAUGGCUACCAACAGGCCCGACACCCUUGAUCCCGCUCUCUUGCGCCCGGGUCGUCUCGAUCGCAAAGUGGAAUUCGGGCUGCCUGACCUGGAGGGGCGAACGCACAUCUUCAAGAUCCACACCCGCACCAUGAACUGUGAACGUGAUAUUCGAUUCGAGCUACUGGCCCGGCUGUGCCCCAACUCCACCGGAGCCGACAUCCGCAGUGUGUGCACGGAGGCGGGCAUGUAUGCCAUCAGGGCGCGGCGCAAGACAGUGACUGAGAAGGAUUUCCUGGAGGCGGUCAACAAGGUCAUCAAGGGGUACCAGAAGUUCAGUGCUACACCCAAAUACAUGGUGUACAAUUGA